UCCUUCUUCACGUUAAUACUGAACGCCCAAAAAACCAAAAGAACAUAACAAACACCACUCAUCAGAUCUUGAGUCUUUUACAGAUCAAUGAGUGUUUCAAAUAUGGUUUAUGUGUUGUUAUUGCUUGUAUUAAUCAAUUUAAGCAAUAAUAACAUCAAAAGAAUAGACGCAUUUCAUCAGAUUUAUGAAAAAUUGCAAUCUGAAUCAGUCGAGUCAGUGAAUCAUCUCCAUAGACCUGGUUUUCACUUUCAGCCUCCGAAGCAUUGGAUUAACGAUCCAAAUGGUCCAGUAUACUACAAAGGUUUGUACCAUCUCUUUUACCAAUACAACACCAAAGGUGCGGUUUGGGGUAAUAUUAUAUGGGCUCAUUCGGUUUCCAAAGACUUGGUUAAUUGGGUGGCUCUUGAACCGGCCAUCCAUCCCUCAAAAUGGUUCGACAUAGGAGGUACAUGGUCCGGUUCAAUCACAAUUGUACCAGGAAAAGGACCGAUUAUUCUCUAUACCGGUGUUAACCAGAACGGAACUCAGCUGCAAAACUACGCUAUCCCGAAUGACCCUUCAGACCCAUACCUAAGGAAAUGGAUUAAACCGGACGAUAACCCGAUCGUAAUGCCAGACUAUACCAUGAACGGUUCAGCAUUCCGCGACCCGACCACGGCUUGGUUCUCCAAAGACGGGUAUUGGAGAACCGUCGUGGGGUCAAGAAGAAAGCAUAGAGGAAUAGCUUAUAUCUACCGAAGCCGAGAUUUCAAGCAUUGGGUCAAAGCUAAGCACCCGGUUCACUCCAAACAGUCAACCGGUAUGUGGGAAUGUCCUGAUUUCUUCCCGGUUUCCGUAACCGAUUUCGAAAACGGUUUGGACUUGGAUUACACCGGUGUAAACACCAAGCAUGUGUUGAAGGUUAGCUUGGACAUAACCCGGUACGAGUAUUACACGCUUGGUAAAUACGAUUCUAAGAAGGAUCGAUACAUACCGGAUGGUAAUACUCCCGAUGGUUGGGACGGUUUAAGAUUCGAUUACGGUAAUUUCUACGCAUCUAAGACAUUCUUUGACUACAAAAAGAACAGAAGAGUCUUAUGGGGUUGGGCUAAUGAAUCAGACACCGUUGAAGAUGAUAUUAUGAAGGGUUGGGCUGGUAUUCAGUUAAUUCCAAGAACGGUGCUUCUUGACUCAAACAAGAAGCAAUUAGUGUUUUGGCCUGUUGAAGAGAUAGAAUCAUUGAGAGGCAAUUACAUUCGAAUGAACAACCGUAACCUCAAGAUGGGUCAACGCAUAGAAGUUAAAGGAAUCACUCCUGCUCAGGCUGAUGUGGAAGUGACGUUCUACGUCGGAAGUCUAGAGAAAGCUGAGAUAUUCGACCCUAGCUUCACGCUCAAACCUUUUGAGUUGUGUAAGAUUAAAGGUUCAAACGUGACAGGUGGUGUAGGACCUUUUGGUCUGAUCACAUUAGCAACUCCUGAUUUGGAAGAGUACACUCCUGUCUACUUUAGGGUCUUCAAAGACACUUCAACUCAUAAACCUAAAGUUCUCAUGUGCUCCGAUGCUAGACCUUCGUCGUUGAAGCAAGACAAGGGUCCACUCCCAAAGGAUAGGAUGUAUAAACCAUCGUUUGCUGGUUUUGUGGAUGUUGAUAUGGCUGAUGGAAGGAUCUCUCUAAGGAGUUUGAUUGAUCAUUCGGUAGUAGAGAGCUUUGGAGCUCUAGGGAAGACGGUGAUAACGUCAAGAGUGUAUCCAGUGAAAGCCGUACAAGAGAAUGCACAUUUGUAUGUGUUUAACAAUGGAACUCAGACUGUGACCAUAGAGAGUCUCAAUGCUUGGAACAUGCAACGUCCUCUCCAGAUGAAUAAUGGAGAUCUUUAAUUUACCUACUCUCUAUAAUUUAGCUAGAUACUGUGAGAUUUAGGAAGAAAAAACAAAACAUUGGGAUUUUAUGUUUUAUAUGAUCCUUUGGUUUGCGCAUGUUCAUACUUUUACGUAUGGACACUUGUACCUUUUAUGUCUCAAAUAAUAACUCAAUAAAAAUUAAUUUCAGAAAGCGAAAAA